AUGGCAUCAAAAGUACAACAACGAUCCUCAUGCGACGAGGAAUCUUCUCUCCUUUGUCCUCAGCGGCCGAUUGCCUCUCAUACGCACCCUCUGAUACGCCAAACGCAUUCUCCGCGAAUUAUCGUCUUACUUCUUACAACGAUAGUUUUUAUAAUUGGGUUUGGAGGGUAUUUGGCUUGGAUUCCGUCGAUGCGGAUUUAUGAGGAUAUAUUAUGCCAUCGUUAUUAUGAAGAGCUACAAGGCCAAGGAAAUAUUAGUUUGAGUAGUAGAAUAGAUGAGGCAAGGUGUAAGGGUGAUAAGGUGCAGGAGGAAUUAAAUAUUUUGACUGCGGGGUUGGAAACGUUGAAAUCAUUGCCAGGAAUGUUUAUGGCUGUUCCAUAUGGGUUAUUGGCUGAUAAAAUUGGGCGAAAGCCAGUAUUCGCUAUGUCUAUUUUCGGCAUUCUCCUAUCCCUCUUAUUUGAAGUAUUCAUAAUGAGCGAAUGGAUGAUGUUACCUAUUCGUGUUGUAUGGCUAGCACCCUUCAUGCAAUUUAUUGGAGGUGGUGAGAAAACAGCGGCUGCAAUAUUUUAUGCUAUUAUCUCAGACGUGACUACUCAAAGCGAAAGAGCAAAUGCGUUUCUUUUCGGUGCUUGUGCUUCACUUUCCGCAGAAUUGAUUGCACCUACUGUAGCUGCCGCAAUAAUGGUUCAUUCUCCAUGGAUCUCAAUAUACUGUGGAAUAUCUAUCUUGACAUUGGGGUUGUGGCUCAUCGCCUUCAUCCCAGAAACACUCCAUCUCCAUGCCUCCCAGACAUCUUCACUCGUCGAAGAUACUUCAUCGAGUUACCUUAGCGACUCCUCAUCAGAUCUUAACGAACCCCUAAAACAAAAACCAACUCUCACUCGUCGCCUCACCGAUUUCUACACCACUAGUCGACCUCUCCUUACUCUACCCGUUCUUCUCCUUCUUCUCCCAUCUAUAACCCGCGUCAUCGGUCAACAAUCAAUCGACCUCUGUAUCCGUUACAUCUCGACUCGCUUCUCCAUCCCCCUAUCACAAGCCUCUCUAAUCCUCUCUCUCCGCGCUCUAAUAAACAUUCUCCUCCUUCUCCUCCUCAUCCCCUCCCUCUCCCACCUCCUCAUCACCAAACUCCACUUCUCAUCCACGCACAAAGAUCUCCUCCUCGCCCGUAUCUCCUCCCUCUUCCUCAUCCUCGGCGCCCUCACUCUCGCCAUUUCCCCCUCCCUCCAUCUCACCAUCACCGGUCUCAUCAUUUACACCCUCGGAACCGGCUUCGUCAGUCUCAUCCGCUCCUUAAUCACAAGUCUGGUGGAUCAACAACAUGUCGCGAGACUUUUCGCAUUGAUUGCAGUGGUGGAAACUAGUAGUGCGUUGGUGGCGGGCCCGGCGGUCGCCGCUUUGUAUGAGGUGGGUUUGAUGUGGAGGGGUGAGUGGAUUGGUUGGUUGGGGUUGCCGUUUGUGGGGUUGGCGGUUGUUUGUGCGCUGGGGAGUGUGGGGGUUUGGUGUGUGGGGGAGUUGGGGGUUACGAAUGGUAAGGGGAAUUUGUUGGAUGAGGGGGAUGAGGGGGUGUAG